GUAACAUUGUCGUGUCUGGCCCAAGAGUGCAGCACGAUGCCAACUGAACCUUCCCAUCAACCUACCAGGGCCGGAGGUCCGGCGACCAACUCCUGUCAAGCCUCUCCCACGGCCGCAUCCACUCCAGCUUCUGGUCCCCCAUUGCCUAGAACGAUUCGUGGCCCGGCUUUCUACCAACCACGACAAUUUUACAACGUUGCCGGUAUCAACAACCCGUGGCCACCACAAAGUCGCUUCACACCACGGAUGUCGUCAUCGAUCGAGCUUCCUCCAGCCGAGCCUGUACAGCCUAGCAGUCUUCUCGGGAAAGUUAGGGUGGACUUUGUAAUAGACAAGCCACUCGACAACGUCACGGAAUUGUUCCUUGAGUGGUUGUAUGCGUGUCUAGUAAAUCGAGUGGGAUAUUGAUCUUAUCGGGUGCGCCAAUAGGAACGUCGGAAUCGUCUUCGGCGAUAAAAUCCUAUAUCUCUUCGUCUUCGUAGGCCGUGCGAGCGCCGGAGCUUUUCGGUCCAGUUGCUCGGUCGACUGUUUGGCAGACCUUUGCAAGUCUGACACUUGAGGUCCUC